AAAUAUCGAGGGUCGGAAACCUCCGGGAAUAAAUGAGUUAAAAUGGCGAGUUUAUGGGACAGAACACAGAAACUACCUAAGGAGGAUUACACCGACGUUGAGAGAGUUUAUGGGGAACACUUUCCGUUAGAGGUUAGAUUCCAGCUAGCAAAAUGGAUGGAAGAAAAUCUGCGUCCAGGCCUCAAGAUGGACGAUUUCAGCAAUCAAGAUUUUAUUUCGCUUGCUUUUAAUCUUCUGACAGAGCUAGAUGCUACAGCUAAUGCCAUACCGGAGGAGCCAGCGAAUUUCUUGACAAAAAAGAAGCUGCGUGACUGCUCCAUGGCCCUGAGGUUGAGAUACAACAACAACCCUGCUGCUCUCACUAGAACCAUGAAGCAUUGUUUAGAUGCUGAGGCAAGCAUUGUUGCACGGGCAGAAGCUGAGGGUGCCGGACUGAGUGUUCCCUCUACAGAAGCAACUAUGGCUCACCAGAUCAGAAACUCAAUAGGAGUUAUCAAACAGAAGGUUCUGGUGGAGACAAUGUCUGAUGUAAACCGGGUAAAACAGGAGAACGAGGCCUUGAACAUGGAUCUAUACACACACAAGGAGCUCAGUACAAACCUAGAGAAACUCAAGGAGAUACAUGGAGAUGAUUAUUUCGAGGUGAAGAAGUUAAUGGAGAGCUGUCGGAAGAUGAAGGAGGAUGUGGGACAGAAGCUCACAAGGAUUCUCUCACAUUUCAGACUUCUAGAAAAUAAAUUCAAAGAAUUAUUUGAGGCGGUGAAGGGGGUGCAGGUGGAGGUCUUGGAGAACAGGCUGGCCAGCUGGAAGAGGGAACAGCAGCUCUCAGGAAACGGGUUCACCAUGAAACUAAGUUUAGAUGUUAUACAGGUCAAAUAUCUUCGGGGUCAGAUCGCCAAAUUUCCUGGAGUCCAAACACAAAGUAUUAUUCCUGAAAUACUAGCAGGUGUAACUGGAUUGCUGACUGGUCUAGUUACUGGAACAUUUAUUAUUGAAAAACAGCCUCCACAGGUCAUGAAAACCAACACUAGGUUUACAGCAACAGUUCGUCUCCUAGUUGGAGGUCAGCUUAAUGUUCACAUGGCGAGUCCUAACGUGUCGGUCAGCAUUAUAUCAGAGUCACAGUGUUUGAAUGUGUGUAGUGGUGAGAUACUGAACGGGAACGGAAAUAUGGAAUAUCAUGUUGGUACAAGACAAGUUUCAGUCACAUUUAGGAACCUGCAGCUGAAAAGGAUCCGGCGCACUGAGAAGCGGGGGACGGAGAGCGUCAUGGAGGAGAAGUUCUCGGUGUGCUUCUGGACAGAUUUCACGGUUGGUGAAUUGAACUUCCAGGUGUUCACCCUCUCCCUCCCCGUCGUGGUAAUCGUCCACGGGAACCAGGAGCCCCAGGCCCUCGCAACCAUAACAUGGGACAACGCCUUCGCAGAGUGGGGUAGAAGGCCCUUCGUGGUCCCUGACAAGGUUCCCUGGUUCCAAAUGGCUGAGGCCCUGAACUCUAAGUGGACUGAUGCUUGUAAAACAAAUCAGAAUCUAACAGAAGAGAACUUCUAUUUUCUGGCAACAAAAGCUUUUAGGAACCCGAACCUUGGUCGGGAUGAGAUCAAGAACCUGGUGAUCUCCUGGUCUCAGUUCUGUCGUGAACCUUUACCUGACAGGAACUUCACCUUCUGGGAGUGGUUCUACAGGGUCAUGUGUCUAACCUCCUCAGAUAUGAGAGGGCCCUGGAAUGACGGACUGAUAAUGGGGUUCGUAUCAAAACAGAAAGCUGAAGAACUACUGUUAGGAUGUCCUCAUGGAACAUUUCUGUUAAGGUAUUCAGACUCCGAGCUAGGAGGAGUAACAAUAGCCUAUGUGUGCCAGGAUCAGAUGGGAGGGAAGAACGUUCUCUUCGUGGCUCCAUUCGUUCACAAAGAUCUUUCUCAAAGAUCAAUUGCAGACACAAUAUUUGAUCUCAAGGAGAAUCUAACUGCAUUGUACCCAAACAUACCCUGUGAUGUGUUUAAAAAAUUCUCUGCUUCAAGCAAGGAAAUCGGCCAAACCUCUCAUGGAUAUGUACCACAUAGUCUCAAAACUCAUGUACAAGGGCCUGCCAAUGAAUACUCGAACCCUACGACGCCCCUCAACCCCUACGAGAUAGGGUACGAGGGUAGCGGGUACCCGGAGGACGUCAACGGCAUGGAUUACGAUAUCGCAGAGUUCAACAUUCAGGAGAUCCUAAACAUCAGCAACCUGCAGCCCAACAUGUUCGGCGGUGGGAUGAACCAGCAGCUGUAGAGACGGAUUAAGAAUGUCUCUGUGUAACAAUGCAAGAGAGAAGAUUGUCUAGUUGUGUACUCUUUACAUAUUUACAUACAAUACUUAGAUUGAGCAUAGGACAGUUUACACCAGGCCUCCUUACCUACACCUUUAUAUACUUACUCAUAUCAGAGUUAGUCAAAUUUAAACCAGAGUUACCUAUGGAGGAUCUAUGGAUUAAGUUAAUUUUAUUUUGCUAUUCAAUUAGAAUCAACAAAAAUAAUGCUUUAAGCAGUUAAGGCUAUUCGAAAUUUUUAAUCUUUUUUGUUUAAAUCUUGAGGCUGCUGAAUAAGAUUCCAUUUCAUUAAAUUGAGUUCUCUAGGGUUAAAGGAAAUUUAGAAACUUAAAUGGUACAUACUAUAUUUUUUGAGACAAGUUUUAGAUAAACCCCAUUAACUUUGAAAACGGGAAAUCGGCUUAUUAUUUGUAAGCACUUUUUUAACUAUUUUUAUCUGUAAACAUUUGGCUGGUUUCAAGACUAGUUCAAACAUCGCAUUUACUUCUGAAGGCCGUAUUUUACUAUAAAAUAAAUCUUAAUGGGCUUAAUUGGCUUAAUUCCUUUUUCUUGUUUAUAGAGAAAUAUUUCAUUUCUUAAGCAAUCCAUUUCAUCAAUCCCUUUUAAUGCCAUUCCUUGCCAGCUCUUUAUAAACCAACUUAGGAAAUAGUUUGAUAUGCUUCAAUGAAUUUAACAUUAGAUUUCGUUUCAGGGCGGCCAAAAUUAUUGUUUCUAAUGAUCGUCAUAAAUGUAUAUAUGUUACCCAAGAUAAACCAAUUAACAUCAAAUUGUAAGUUUGCUUGUAAAUAUUUGUGGCAGGCAUUUGGACAUCUGCCGUAGUUCUUUUGAAUAUUUGUGGCAGCCAUUUUGAAUUUUUGUGGUAGCCUUUUGAAUAUUUGUGGCAGGCGUUUGGAUAUUUGUGGAAACCACCCUGAAUAUUUGUGGACGCCAUCUUGAAAAUAUGUUAAAGCCAAUUAAAUAUUUUUAGCGAUAAUUUUGUAUAAUCUUGGAAGCCAGUUAGAAUGUGUUGGUGGCAUUUUUAAUACUUUGGCCGCCAUUGGAUAUACUGAUAUUGAUAUAUGUUUGAUAUUUCUAGUGGUAAUGUAUAUUGUAUACAUGUGAUAGUGAAAUGUGACUAUUUGUGAUUUGAAAAAAAUUCGUCCAAACAAAAUAACCGGUGGAGAAAAGUUCGACUUUUUAUUCUGCCAGACAUUUUAAUAUUUCAAAUAUUGAAAUAUAUUUGAUAUAUUCGUCUAAAGAAAACAAGAAUAUAAAUUAAAUCAAAAUAUAAUAUCUAUUUUAAAAUUUGUUAAUAAUGAAUUCUAAAUUUUUUUCACCUUUUGGGAAUUGUGUUAUUCGUUGUUAAUGUUUAUUGUCAACAGUCAUUUAUAUUUUAAAUCUGUUAAAUUUUGCUUUAAAAAUAUUUAUUAAAUUUAAACUAUUUUAAAAAUUUAUGCUUUACGCUGGUGCUUUACGUUUUUUAUCCAAAAUUAUAUGAAUUAAUGUAUUUUUUUUCUUGCCUUAUUAAGAAUAAUUUUUCCAUGACAUUAGUACACCUUAUAUUUUAGAAUAUUUGACACUUUUUCUCGUACGUUUUUUUAUUACUACCAAUAAUUUCUCAGAAAUGGUUUUUUUAUGAAUUGUAAACUUUUGUAAAAACGGUAUCUACUGCUUUAUACUUUUAAUGAGACGUAUUGUGAUCACUCGGAAAUUUUGUAAUUGUAAAAAGGGAGGGAUCAAAGUUAUUCUGUAAAGGGUAAAGGAUGACAGAUUUAAAUUGCUCCUGAUCUGCUUCUGGGCAUUUUGAUCUGAAGUAUAAUGAAGUCAAAUCCACAUGAAAAGCUUGUCCUAAUUGUUUUUACCCCUUCUUAAAAACAGCGAACCUUCCCUUUACAAAGAUUGCACAGACCUCUCAUAUAUUGAUGUACACGUGACGGAUGUGUACUGCGUGAUGUUGUACAAUUGUACAUGUGUAGUUUCAGA